UUUGGUUUCAGCUCUUCCAAGCUAACAAAAUCUUGGUAACGAAAAAUUUAAUAAAGAUGUCAAAAGCCGACCAGGACCCAAAUGGUUCGCUAAGCAUAAUGGAGCAAAUUAAGAUUUUGAUCAAACCGCCGCCCAAUGAGGAAGAGAAAAUGAUACAGCGCACCACGAACACGAAGCAUCCAUAUUAUAGACGACCAGGACGCGGACAUAACCACGACUUGUGCGACGCCUGCGAGGAGGGCGGCAAUUUGCUCUGCUGCGACCGUUGUCCAUCCAGCUUCCAUUUGCAAUGCCAUGAUCCUCCACUGAACGAGGAGGACAUACCCAGUGGACAGUGGCUGUGCCAUAGCUGUCGUAUGGCCAAAGUUUCACAGCCAACGUCCUCGUCAAAGGCCAGCUCCGUGGAACGUGUGCCCUCGGGAGGCAGCGGAUCCCGCGCGAAUACCCCAUCCUCGGGAGAGUUGGAGUCCAUUCCGCUGAAAAUUCGUAAUUUACGCAAGCGCAGCAAUAGUGAACGAAAUAGUACCGAGAAGUUGCUCUCGAAAAUGCCGCUGGCCAUACAGCGUGCGCUGGAUCCAAACCGAAAGCCGACGCCACUGGACGAUGUAAUUCGCGCCGCCAGCAUGCUGAAUCCGCAGCAAUUCUCGCUGCCACCUGAGCUGGAGCUGCACACCCAGUUCCCGGGCAAUGGCAAAGUGCAGCCGGUGCAGCAGCCACACACCGGCACAGGCAACGGGCAUCGCAAGCCCAGCAAUCAGCGACGCAAUUCCAAGCCAUUCGAACUGGAUGCACAGGGUCUGGUGCCACUGCCGGCCAAGACGUGCUUUUAUUGCACGCGCAGCUGCAAGCGAGCGCCGCUCAUCUCGUGCGACUAUUGCCCGCUGUAUUAUCAUCAGGAUUGCCUGGAUCCGCCACUGACCGCACUGCCCGCCGGCCUCUGGAUGUGCCCUAAUCAUGUAGAGAAUUUCAUUGACGCCAACAUGACGAACAGCAUUUCGGCCACGGAGCGCGUCCGCCUGUGGAAUCGCUUUCAUCAGCCGCUCGAUCACGAAAACGUUAAGAUGGAGUUCUUCAGGCGCGUGAACACGCGCAAUCCGCCAUUCCGUCUGAAGCUGGCGAUGCGCGGCCGCGCCCACAUCGAUGUGCCGGCCAUCGUGCGUUACCACUACGAGCAUCCGCCGGCUCUGCUGCCGUCGAUGAGGCAAACGCUGCGCUACGAUCGCGUGAAGCGGCGCAAACAGUUGCCCACUGCCGUGGAGGAAAUCUCCCGAGAGAGUGUGACCGAGUCGCUGCUCAAGGAUCUGGAGGCCUUGCGCUGUGCGCGUGCCAAGUUCCGGGAAAUCCAGAAGGAACUGGGCCGCACUCCACUCGAUGGCAGCCUCAGCGACAGCGACAUGGAGAGCGUCACCGAGCAGCAGCAGCAACAACCGCAACAGCAGGAGAGUAACGGGCUGGUGGAAACGCCCAAGAUGGAAGUCACGGAUGAGCGAGCUGCAGAUAGUCUAAAAGCAAACAAUGUGCAGAAGGAGACAACCGGAGAUGAGCCGAAGCUAUCCAAUAGUUGCCAUGGUCAGGGCCACGGCGAGAGCAUGGAGCUCAGUUAUGAGGAGGACGAGGAGGAGUGCAAGGCGAAUGUCGUCAUCGAUGCGGAUCUGUGCCAUCUGGAUGUGGAUCUAAUCAAGAAGCUGGCCCAUCAGCGCCUGCAGCAACUGGUCCAGGAGCAUCCAGAGAUCGUGACACAGUAUAAGAAUCGGACGGCAGCACGACGUUUGCGACAGCUCUCGGCGGUCGUGCAGCCGGCGGACCAGAGCAUAGCGCUUCAGGGCGAUCUGGCACCCGAGGAUAUGCGUCGCUUCUCAUUGCUAUUCACCAGCGAAACCUCCUCGAUUCUCGCCCAGAAGAACGGCAAUGCCGCCGACGAGGAUCCGAUGAUGGCGCUGCAUCCGGCGCUGGCAACAGCCGCUGCCAUCGCUGCGGCAGAUACGGCAGCUGAGAGCUAUGUGCCGCGCGAGCGCAGUGACACCGAGAAGGCAUACGAGCUGGCCACGCGGCUGGAACUGAAGCUGUUGCAGUGCAAGGUGCGGGCGCGGGCGGUCCUCACGCCACUGGGCGACAUGCUCGAGGAUAGUCGCUGGUUCAACACUCUCGGCCUGGAGCAGUCAAUUUUCAUGCGUUACCGCACCCUGUAUAUCGGCUAUGGCGGCCACUACACGCCCUCGACGACGCUGGCUCAUACGGAGACAGUGGAUCUAUCCGCGAUUGGCUAUUGCUCGCGCAUCUCGCCGCAGCACGCAAUCAUCUUCUACGAUGAGUUCACCAAGUCAUACGAGCUGAUCAACUACUCCGAGUUCGGCACCGAGGUCAAUGGUCAGCUGUACACGUGCGAUUUAACCGAAUACGCGCCGACGCAUGCUGGCAAACGGAUGCGCCCGGAUGAUGCGGAGCUGAAGCGUCGCGUCGACGAUCUGCUUGACAAACGGCGGCACAUUCAGCGUCAGUACAGCGAACCCAAACGGGAGACGCACGAGAGGCUGGCUCCUAUCAUGAAACACGCCUGCCGCUGCCAAACCGCCCCACCGGUGCCCAUGGUUCCUGGCGCCUGGGAGGGCUCCGCUGUGCUGGCCCACGGCAGUCUCCUGCGUUUCGGCUGUCUCUCCUUCGUCUUCUCGGUGCCCUCCACGGACAUGUCAUGCGGGCGACUGAUCAGUGCCAAGUGAAGGACGCAAUGAAUCCGCCAAUUGCCAGUACCGCAGAGAAGUUCAAACUAUAUUUAUAUACUCCAAGCAGCAGCUAGCACAUACAUAUUUACAUCCAAUUCAAUCUCAGUGAUUGAGAAAUCACACACAGGCCGAAGUCCUGAUUGCCGGGAAUAUUCCAUUUUCCCCUCAAAACAACAACAAUAACCAGAGAGAAAUUUACAAACUAUUCUAUACCUAGAAUUUAGCUUAAGUUUGGGCGCAGUGUGAGUAAAACGUACGAUAAAGACAGAGAGAGAGAGAGAGAGAGAAUGAGGAUAGAGAGAGAAAGCGCGCGAGC